AUGGGUACUGAAAACAAAAGUGUUGCCCAAGGUGAUGGACAGAACUUGGUUACUGAAGACGUGACGGUCGUGGAGGGAGAUGUUGCCACCAUCAGUUGUCGAGUCAAAAACAGCGAUGACUCAGUGAUUCAGCUACUGAAUCCCAACAGACAGACGAUUUAUUUCAGAGACUUCAGGCCUUUGAAGGACAGCAGGUUUCAGUUAGUGAAUUUCUCUAACAGUGAACUCAGAGUGUCGUUGACAAAUGUCUCCGUUUCUGAUGAAGGAAGAUACUUCUGCCAACUUUACACGGAUCCCCCGCAGGAAAUUUAUACCACUAUUACUGUGCUUGUCCCACCACGCAAUUUGAUGAUUGAUAUCCAGAAAGAAACGGCCGUGGAAGGAGAAGAGAUUGAGCUGAACUGCACUGCCAUGGCCAGCCGACCAGCCACCGCAAUCAGAUGGUUCAAAGGGAACAAAGAGCUAAUCGGCAAAACUGAAGUGGAGAAGUGGUCUGAUAUGUUCACUGUGACGAGCCAGCUUAUGCUAACAGUGGGGCGCGAGGAUGAUGGAGUCCCAGUCAUCUGUCUGGUAGAUCACCCAGCUGUCAAAGACUUACAGACCCAGCGCUACCUAGAAGUAAUGUAUAAGCCCCAAGUGCGGGUUUUACAGAAUUACCCACUGCAAGGCCUAACGAGAGAAGGGGAGCCACUCGAACUGACAUGUACAGCCCUUGGAAAGCCACAGCCUACGGACAUGAAAUGGUUAAGAGUAGAUGAUGAGAUGCCUCAACACGUUGUAGUGUCGGGUUCAAACCUUCUCAUUAGUAACCUAAACAAAACAGAUAAUGGUACAUACCGGUGUGAGGCUUCAAAUUCGGUGGGAAAAUCAUAUGCGGAUUACAUGCUGUUUGUAUACGAUCCCCCCACAACUAUCCCUCCUCCCACAACAACCACCACCACCACCACCCCUACCACCAUCACAGACACAACGGCGACGACAGAACCGGCAGUUCACGGCUUUACUCAGUUGCCAAAUUCCGCAGAGGAACUGGACUAUGGGGAUCUCACAGAUUCUCGAGCAGGAGAUGAAGGGUCCAUCCGGGCCGUGGACCAUGCGGUGAUCGGCGGAGUCGUGGCUGUGGUGGUCUUCGCGAUGCUUUGCCUGCUCAUCAUUUUAGGGCGAUACUUUGCGAGACAUAAAGGUACAUACUUCACUCACGAAGCCAAAGGAGCAGAUGAUGCAGCCGACGCAGACACAGCUAUAAUCAAUGCAGAAGGAGGACAGAACAACUCUGAAGAAAAGAAAGAGUACUUCAUCUAGAUCAGCCUUGGUUUCAAUGAGGUGUCCAACCGUGGACGGUUACUGGCCCAAUUUAGAUGACAGAGACAGUGAUAUUGGAAGUUGCAACCAGCUUGUGUCUUUUUUUUUUUUGUUUUUUGUUUUUUUUUGGUUAACAAAUGGGUGAAGAGAUGUCAGACUGGAAGGGUCCUGGAUUGGAUGUGUAAAAAACAUUAUUUGUAAAGUACACUCUGCUGUUUGACACCUCAGUUUGGGUUUUAUUUUUUGGCCAAGUCCAACUUGGAAUUAGUUUAGUUGAAUCAUUUGCAGAAAAUUCUGUGCCUUGUUUUAUUUUAAUUUUAUUGGGGGGGGGGAGGGAUUAUGCGUGUGUUUCUUUUUUUUCUUUUCAUUUUUUUUCUGUUCUCUUUUGGAAUUGCCUGCUGGAACCCCUUGGAAUAGGUUUCUUUUUAAUGUGUUUCUUUAUUUUAACUCCACUAUUUUUUUUUCUGUUCAAAGUUCAAUCUUAUCAGAGGAGAACCAGCACACUUUAGAUUUUGUAGUUUGCAAUUCAGUGUAUCCAUAAUACAUUCUUCUCUGUUGUCUUAAAGGCUUGGGUGAAGAAGCUAUGAAAAACUGUUUGCAGCUGCCUGUGUUUCAAAUGCUUUCUAGUGGUGGAGAGUAGAAAAUAGGCUGUGACUCAGAAAAUGCACUCCGUUGGCUACGGAGCGACAUUACUGCACAGGGUUAUCUGCAAGUGAGGUGUGUCACUGUGAGAUUGAAUCUGUCUUCAAUUCUGUGUUUGUAGACUGCUCAGUAGAGAGGGUAUCCUCAUGCUGUCUGGACAAGUUUGGGGCAUGAAGGAAUCCUUCUUGUUUUUGUCCUAAGCAGAACUGACAGAUGAAGGCUGUUCCUUUUAUGCAAGUGGACAAAUUUGAGUUGCCACAGGAGAGAAAGGGGUGGAGGGGGAAAGGUAGUUCUGCUCUGAUUAUUUCUGUUCCAAACAAUUCCAUCAAGCUUUCCCAAUAGGCCUUACUUCUGCCUAAUUUUCUGGAAAAAGAAAAGUCCUCAUGGUGUGCAAAGUGCUCGGAAUGAGCAGAUUUUGUAUUAUUUUUCCUCCUUCUCUUUGUGCUAGUUAGGGAAGGCCGUGGGAUCUGGCCUGCAUGUACUGUAUAUUACAGAUAUUUGUCAUGCUGAGCGAUCCAGCCAGAGACUGUGUGAAACUUCCAUUCCUUAAGAUUUGGUUUGACAAAGCAGGAGGAACAGCAGAAGGAUCGCUAUUGUUUUCAUGCCGGCGUGUCCUGUUUCUCAGUUCUGCAAAGGUCAGAGCAGGUGGAAAUAACAGCAUGUAGGCUUUUUCAGUCACUUAAUCAAAACUCAAAUGUUGUAUUUUUUUAUCUCUUUACCUUUCAUACACUAGCUUUGGCCUCAUUCCUCAGCCUUAAGAACCAUCUGCCAACAAAUUACUGAUCCUUGGAUGAAUGCAGUCAUGGUGCACAGCUACUAAAAAUAAGUUACCUUGAAAAUGUUUUCGGUUUGAAGCCUUGGGAAAAACUGGAUGAGUGAAGUUGCCAUUUCUUUUCUGAUAAAGUAACUAUGGGGAUUUGCAUUAAAAAUUGCCAGGCAAACAGAUUAUAAACAUUUUAGGUGAAAUUCAAAACAAUGUGAAUUAGAAUUAUGAUGGCUCUUCAGAUAGCAGUCCACGAUAAGGUACCAUUAAAAUCUCUGUGUAUAUACUGAGCUGUUCACUGAGUAAUCUUGGAAUUUGAAAGAUGCGUUUUUAUUAUUGUUACAUUAUAUAGAAAAUUUAAACUGAUUUAUUUAAGGGGAAAAUUUGCAUCUGUUACAACUUCAUAAGCUUUUAGGAAGCAUUUUUUAAGGGUUUUUUUUUAACAUUUUGGCAGAAGCACUGCAACACGAGAGCCUUUUGGGAAUGGGUCGGCAUGUGAAAGAGGGAAAAAAACCAAAUCCAUUCUUGAGCAGUAUUUUCUUUUCCACUCCCCUCAGAAACAGAGAGAGACAAAAGGGAAAUCAACUUUGUCAAGUGCUUCUGAGGUAUCAGCACCUGCGGAGCUCCUAGCCAAACCACAACCAAGGGCAAGAAGCAUUUAUCGUGUUAGUGGAAGGUUUCUUGGGGGGAGGGGCUUUGUACACACUGAUCACAGAAUUGGCAUUCUGUUUUUUUUUUGUUUGUUUUGGUUUGGUUUUGACCAGCCCAUCUUUGUUUUGAAAGUGUACAGUAGUGCAGUGUUACCGAUGUAACUUUGACUUACAAUGUUGACAUGUCUCAGGUUCAUGUGUUUUGUUUGGUGUUUUCCGUCUCAGGUAGAUUGCAAAAUUUUUCAGCCCCACACAUUGGAAGAGAACUAAACAACAACAACAAAAAACCCAGGAAAUUAUGGAUUUUAGUUGUAUAUUGGUUUAUGUAUUUUUUUCUUCGGUAUACAGUGCGCUGUUGAAAUGUAUUGUUGAGUAUUACUUUGUACAGGUUUAGAUCAUAAGGGUUUUUAAGAGUGUAGAAAGAAACACACUUUUUAAAAAAAAAUGAAGGAUGUGUAACUGAUGGCAAAUAAGCUUGUUCUUUAAUCACCUGCCCUUUUUAUUUUCCCCUGUAGGCCAGUUCUGUUUAAGAUGUCCAUGGAAGAUGUUACAGUGUAAGAAAAUACAUAUCCAUAUGUUCCCAUUCACAUUUUGUAUUGGUUCAUGUAUAUCAUUUUUACAAACAGAGAAGUACUAUAAAAUAUGUCUUCUUAAUAAAAAAAAUUAAUGUUACAAAACUAUUCUUUAAUCUCACUUUGCACUCUUUACCUUCACGGCCAUGGUGGCCGGUUGCAGUAAAGUCCAGUCUUAGCUUGCUUAUUGUGAAAUUCCAGUUUAAAAAAUUGUUGUGGAUUCCUCCCAAGAUCUGUGGCCGCCUAGAACUAAAUCUCCCAUCUUUAAUUCUCUUUUCCCCCAUCUUUUGACCUGUUUCUCUUUCUCCUUAUUCUGACUCCUAAGCGGUCAUGAGGCAGCCAUCGUAAUCCAAGCCAAUGCUGUUCUUUGGUCAAGGGAGCAGGGUUUGUAAAAACCACAGGCCCUUGUAACAUUUAGGCCAACUAGAUGACAUGCUGAGUCAGCAGAACGUGCCGCUGUUGCGUGAAUUUGUAUUUAAGUCCCUUCUGUGAUCACUGACGUACGUUUCUUGUAUUAUUUUGGAGAGUUGGUGUAAAGAUGCCUUCAAUUUUCAUAAUUAAAAAUCCUUUUUUAUUAA